AUGUCUUCGAAUUCUAGAUCUGUAUCAAAAUUUGUAACGAAUGACAUAGUUGCCCUCAUCACUAGUGGUGGAUCAGGCAUUGGCCUAAUGGCCACUCAAUCUCUCGUAGUCAAUGGUUCAAAGGUCUACAUCACGAAAGAGAAGCUCGAUCGUGUGUUGGAGCGUUACUCAAAGGAUAUUCCAGGUGAAAUCGUCGCGAUCCCCGCCGAUGUCACUUCAAAGGAGUCAAUCCAGAAGCUGAUCGACGAGAUCUCGUCCAAGGAGUCCAAGCUGGACAGCCUAAUUAACAACGCCGGUAUUAGCUCUGUGAAGCAGAAUACCGACCAGGAAGAUCCCAAAGAGCUCCAGCAAGAACUAUUCCAUAAUACAAGCAAAGUCAGUGAUUGGGAAGAUGUGAUGCGAACCAACAUGAUGCAACUGUUUUUCGUGGCUACCGCUUCCUACCCUUGCUCACAUCAUUUCCCCUACAAUGCGAGUAAGGCUGCUGCCAUUCACCUGACCAAGAUGCUUGCACACGAGAUCGCGGACUCGGGAGCGAAAAUUCGAGUGAACAAUAUUGCCCCUGGGGUAUUCCCGUCUGAAAUGACCGCUAACGAGAGUGAUGAUAAGCAAAAGAGCUCGCUUGACAAGGAGAAGUAUGAGGGUAAGGUUCCUGCCGGGUGCCCUGGUAAAGAUGAGGAUAUAGCUGGAGCUGUGCUUUUCACUGUUUCGAAUCAGGACCUGAAUGGGCAGAGUAUCGUUGUCGAUGGUGGCUGUGUGCUAGCGACUGGCUCAGUUUAA